CGGAAGUAGAACGAAAAGAGCGCUAGGUUGUCAGCGUUGUAUUAGAAAAUGGCUACAAAAGGAAAAUUCAAAUUUCGGAAAACAGAAGGGGUUUUUAGUUUACAAAUACCUUCAACAGUAACCCCACCAACAGCUUUGGUUUCAUCAGCAGCCAUGCAAGGUGGAAAGGUGUCAGAAAAUUGGUCUGCAGAUAGUAUUAAGAAGCAGGUGCAGAAAGCGAUGUUCAGUGGCAAGGAGACAUUGGAUCUGUUUUCUGACGAUGAUGAUGACAUCAUGAUCAUGACACAUUCUGCUGCAACGGUUCAGCAUAAGCCUUCAACACAUUCACUGAAGAUUUUGCAGAAUAAACCAAAAAAGUUGGCCACAGUUCAGCAGUCCAUCACUGCCUUUACCAUGCAGCCUAAACCGAAGCCUGUAGCUGCAGUGGCCCCACAAAGGUCCCCAGUAAAGAUGUCCCAGCCAAGCCAGGGCCUGAAAAGAAAGUCAGAUGAGUUAGAGCCCAGUGGACGAGCACACAACCUGCCUGAGAGAUUCUCCUCGUUUACUGACGGGCUGGAUGAUGAUCUGGAUGAUUUCAACAUUCCAGAUUCUCCAUUUUUCAAGAAGAGCUCAUCAAAAAAGGAGGCCUCCAGGACUGAUGGCAUAUAUGAAACGUCGGCCCCUCAGAGCAAGAAGCGUCGAACACUGGAGUUCCUAGAGGAGGACAUGUUGGACAGGACAGGACCAGCGACCACAAGUCCCCUUGCAACCCGGGGCUUGCAGCAAGACACCAUGGAGCGGAAACAAGCGACUCCGGCAUCUGCCUGUGACGAUAUGAAGGCUUUGGAGCUGCAGUAUGAGCUGCUGAAAGUGGCUGACCGCAUCUGUGACCACCUCAGUCAACUCUCCAUGUCCGACAUCAUGAACUGCUUCAAGGCUGACAGCCGUUCUGUGCAAGAUCUGCUACAUCAAAGAGCUGAGAUCAAGUCCCAGGCCAGUGGAAGAAAUCUUAUGGACAGAAUAUUGAUCUCAAAUUGUACAGCAAGUGAUGUUGGUAGAGCAGGGGAGUCCACUUCAAUAGCAAUUUCCAAACCAGUUUCCAAACAAACCAGUGAGGAUUUCCCUGCCAUUUCUCAGUCCACUGCUGGUCCCCAGGCUCUUAAUGUUCAUCAGAAAGCUCCCAUUUCAAACAAGAACCCUAUCAACAAUGUGUCUGUAACAAACAACUCCAAGUUAGGGUCGCCGAUACCCUGUGGUGAAAGUUUCUUUGAAGAUGACGCAGUGCUCACUCAAACUCAUGUGAACUUCAUGUCCAGAUUCAGUCGUCAAUCAUUGAAUGCUUCAAACAAUUCAAGCACUAUGUCUACGCCAGUGUCGUUUCCGAAAGCAAUGUCAACUCCAGCCAUUCUGUCCCAUAAGAAACAUCAGAUGCAAUGUAUAUCUAAGUCUGAUUCAUCAUUCAAUAACAGUCUAAAUUCUUCACCAGCUUUACCCCACAACAGAACAACUGGCCAGGAGCCAAAGGACCAGUUUGAACCAGACAUGUUUGACAGUGUUGAUGAUGAAAUCAACAUGAACAUGGCUGAACAGACUGACUUUGAAUUUGACUAUAAGAUUUCCACAAGGCCAAGUAAACCAAAAUCAAGUUCUGUUGCACAUGCCGAUAGUUCCUGUAAUGUUUCUAAAGCUGACACGUUUGGUCCAUCUGCUAACUACACAGUUGAUGCAACAAAGGAUGAUUUCAUUGAUGAGUUUGAGGAUGAUGAAGACUUUCAUGAGAUACUGUCUGAUGGUGACUUUCCCCCUAUAUCCAGACCAAGCAGUUCAAGGAAUUCUAUUGCGGCCCCCACAGACGACCGCCCCAUUGCAAGCACCCAGGUUGUGGUAGAGGAGAGAAGCGAGUACGCUAGCUAUGCGUUUGAGCACUGUAAGGAGAUGAUGAAGGUGUUCAACAAGGUGUUUGGCCUGCAGAGAUUCAGGACUCACCAGCUGGAGGCCUGCAAUGCUGCACUGCUGGGCAAUGACACCUUCGUCCUUAUGCCAACAGGUGGAGGUAAAAGUCUGUGUUACCAGUUGCCUGCCCUUGUAUCUGGGGGUGUGACAAUAGUUGUCUCCCCUCUCCGAGCGCUGAUACAGGACCAGGUCCAAAAACUUCACUCUUUGAAUGUGCCAGCCGGCCACCUGUCUAGUGAUGUGACACUGGCAGAGGCAGACAUGCUGUACAGGAAGCUUGCCAUGAGGACCCCAGAGAUCAGACUGCUGUAUGUCACACCAGAGAAGCUAUCUGCCAGUGAGAAGCUAUUGAGUGUUCUAGACAACCUGUACAGGCGUGGAGUGCUUGACAGAUUCGUCAUAGACGAGGCCCACUGUGUCAGCUCGUGGGGACAUGAUUUCCGACCAGACUACAAGAAGCUAGGUGUGUUGAAGACCAAGUUCCCUGGGGUGCCGUUAAUGGCCCUCACUGCAACAGCCACCAUGAGAGUCAGGAAGGACAUCUGUCAUCAGCUUCAUAUGAAAGACCCCAAGUGGUUUACCUCUAGUUUCAAUCGUCCCAACUUGAAGUUUGAGUGUCGACCAAAAAAGCCAUCUACUGCCACCAAUGAUAUCAUCAAAAUGAUCAAGGAUGAUUUCCCUGGCAAAUGUGGCAUUGUAUACUGCCUGUCUCGGAAGGAGUGUGAUGACGUGUCUCUGGCGCUGACCAAGGCUGGCAUCCUGUCUGUGUCCUACCACGCCGGACUGACGGACGCAGAGAGGGUAAUGAUCCAGGAAAAGUGGAUCCAGGGAAACAGGUGCAAGGUUAUCUGUGCCACCAUAGCAUUUGGUAUGGGCAUAGACAAGCCUGAUGUGAGGUUUGUAAUCCAUUACUCACUGCCAAAGUCCGUGGAGGGCUACUACCAGGAGGCAGGGAGGGCUGGCCGAGAUGGGUUGCUAGCCUUCUGCAUACUACUCUACACCUACCAGGAUGUGAAGAGGCUCAGAAGGAUCAUUGAGAUGGAUCAAAACGCGACAUUUGAUUCAAAGCGUGUGCACAUCGACAACCUGUUCCGCAUGAUCCAGUUCUGCGAAAAUGUGGCAGACUGUCGCAGGACCCAGCUCCUCAACUACUUCAAUGAGCCGGGCUUCGACAGGGGCCAGUGCAACAAGGUCAAGGGGUCCAUCUGUGAUAACUGCAUCUCCAAGGACUCGUUCAAGCUGCGAGACGUGACAGAGGAUGUGAAAGUGAUCUUAGCAUGUGUGAGGGACCUCACUGCCAACAGAUACAGCGACUUCACCCUCAUACACUUUGUGGAGAUGUUUAAAGGCUCCAAGAACAGUAAGAUUGUGGAGAAUGGUCAUGACCGCCAUGCGAUGCACGGUCGUGGUGCUGCGUACAGCAGGCAGGACGCGGACCGGCUGUUCAGGAAGCUGGUGAUCGACGGCAUUCUCAUGGAGGAGCUCAAGAUUACUGCCAUGGACCACGCCGCCUGCUACAUCAAACUGGGCCGGAAGGCACAAGACGUCAUCAACGGGAAAAUGAAGGUCGAGCUCCAAGUUCAAGAGAAUCGCAAGAAGAAGGAGUUGAAGAUUGGAACAGAACCAGUCAGUGAGAAGUCUCGACUCACUGAGGAAUGCUACGAGGAGCUGAAGACAAGGGCUGAGGAAAUUGUCCGUGGCCGUGACGGCACAGUGAACUUCUACAACAUCUUCUCGUACACCCUACUGCGUGCCCUGUCUGAGAAGCUGCCUCUCAACACGGAUGACCUUCUCAAGGUCGAGGGAAUGACCUUCAACAAGCUGAAGCAGUACAGCGCAGAGCGCUUCCUAGACAUCACCAAGAAGUACUCAGAACUGAUUGCUGCUUUGAGAGAACAAGAGAGUGCAGUGGGAGAGCCGGACGAUGAAUGGCUUACCACGUCUGAUUACUUUGCAAACUCUAGCAGCAGUCAGACAAGAGGGGGAAGAAGGGGCAGGGGCAGAGGCAGAGGGGGUGGGGCUAAAAAGCAAUUUUUUGGCAAGAAGAAAGCAGGUGGUAAAGCUGGUGGAGUGAAAAAAGCAGCUGGGAGUUUCAAGAGUUCUGGUAAUUGGUGGACUUCUUAAACUGCCUGUUAAAAAUCCAGCAAGAGAGCUAACUUCAGUCAGUUCUCUUAUAAGGGUAGCAGGCCCUCUACAGCUAGUGCAACAUUAAGACCACCAUCAAGCGGGAACAAACCGGGUAUGAUGCCAGUACCACAGCUUAAAUGCUCCUUCCGUUCUUUUGGUGCUACGGGAACAUUCUUUGGGUGAAACAGCCUGAUUGGAUUCUAUUCUUGGCAGAAGUGUUUGUGGAAACUCUAUUGCCAUUAUUGUGGUUUAUCAUUUGUAUAUUGUCCUGUUUUACAUGUAAACCUGAUGGAUUUUUUUAUAGUUACAAAACUGUAGUUUGACAUGCUCUUCUAUUUGCAUUUUUUACAUUUACAUGUACCUCAUUUUCUUAGUUUUUUUGUUGAAAUAAAUUGUGUGUAGAAGAUAUGCCCCAUGCUUUUUUUAGCUCACCUGAGCACAAUGUGCUCAUUGUGAGCUUUUGUGAUCGCCUUUUGUCCGUUGUGCAUCAUGCGUUGUGCGUCGUCCUUUGUGCGGCGUCAACAUUUGCCUUGUGAACACUCUAGAGACCACAUUUAUUGCCCAAUCUUCAUGAAAUUUGGUCAGAAGAUUGGUCUCAAUGAUAUCCUUGAUGAGUUCGAAAGUGAUUACGUUUGCUUGAAAAAAACAUGGCUGCCAAGGGGCGGGGCAUUUUUCCUUAUAUGGCUUUAGUAAAACCCUGUUAACACUCUAGUUAAUUGGAAAUAUAAUUGCAAGAUAAGUCUGAAAAUAGUUCAUGUUUGGUUAAAAACAAGGCUCUUAGGGGGUUGGUAGUUUUUUGUAUGUCUAAAGUUUUGUGGUAAAAUUUAGCUUUAGCUGAUUAUCUUUACAUAAUACUUAUUUUAUUUUGUCAUUUUUCACAAGAAUCUGAUAAGCCAUAAUAUUAAAGAAAGUUAACCUGUACAUACUUUCUUAUAGUUAACUCCCUUGUUUGACCUGCUGACUCAGGUUCACUAAUCCUUUUUUUAGUUCAGCUCCGGAAUUUGUUAGACCCCUUGGUUUCAAAACACUUAGAGGGUAAAUACAAUGUACUUCAAAAUGCAGAUUUUUCUAGUAUAAUGACAUUUUUGGAUAAGUUGUAAUUUCUUAUGUAAAUCUGGACUUAUUGUUUUGUCGCAUUUGUUAUCAGUUUGAAGCAAAUUAAUCAAUAAUGGGAACUAUUACUGAUAAGCCAUUUUUGAGAAAACCCAUACAGAGUUCCCCAGAGCUAAUAUAUUGAUCAUUGGUUAUUGGUGUGUUUUGAUAGCUAAAUGCAUGUGUAGCUUGCAUUUUUAGCAGAAGUAUGUUGGUUUUGUUCAAUUUAAAUAAUAGUGUUCAUUUGAGUGUUUUAUUAUUGUUUUCGUCUAUGAGUAGAGAUUCUAUUUUUAACCAAUCAAAAUGUCUGUAAAUUGACUGUUCUGGGGGAAAAUAGACUGUUCUGCCAGUGCUCUUAGAACUGAUGCUUUCUUGAAAAGGUAACUACUCUUGAAAAAGGUGGGAAUAUUGAAAUAAUUAAACUCUUAAUUAUUGUAACACCAGCAUCAAGACAUGUUUGGAUUAUUUUCCAAAUUAUUCUCGUUAUUUAGCUAAUUUUUAUUUGGCAUUUUCUAAAUUAGAAAGACUCUUUUGUAAAUUAUUUUUACGUUCGAGUCACUGGAGUUUUCCACUCUCCAUAUAUUGUGUUCUUUAGAUUAAGUAUUAAGUAUUAACUUAUUUAAUAAACUAAAUUUUUGAACCAUCUUCUAGACUAACAGCAACUAUUAUUUAUAUCAGUUUUUUUUCAGAUUGUGAAUUUCUUUUUACAUUCAUUAAGGUAUUUGCUGUAUUUGUUUAUUUUAACAAUGCUUAGUAUCUUGAGACUUUGCUUGUACCUGUUCUUAAUUCUCUGUCAUUGUUCUUCAUUUUCCUAGUUCUUAGAAAUAAAGUUAGUUAUUUUCAUUAAA